CUUUCUACUCUUCUCACCUGGUGUUAGCACAUCUUACAAGUAAAGAAGAAAGCAUUCAAACGCCUGUUGACAUGUGACGUAGCACCGGCGCAGCCCCUGAUUGGUUGUGGUUCAGUGACGUUUCGGUGUCAGGGACAGCCUCUUCUCGCUGAUAAACAACUUUUUGAUCACAACAACUUGAGAAGAAGAACCAGAUAGCAGGAGCCUUUCUGCGUGGGAGACGUACGCGUCUGUAUCAGAUUCUAAAAAGAAACAGGAUGAUUGGAAAGAUUCUCUCUCACCUGCUGGGGAGUUCUGGAGAGGAUCCAGAAGCAGCAGGCGAUGGUAAGCUGAUGGAGUUGGAGGAGGAGGGGUGGGUCAUCGUUUCCCUCCCAGAGGACGGGGCCCUGUUGGCGCCUGACGUGGACCCUCUGGAGAACCUGCUUAUCGAGCACCCCAGCAUGUCUGUCUACCAAAUGAAAUGUAGGAUGGGUGAGGCAGAGGAGGAGGAGCUGCUUUCUGAUGACGAGGAGGAAGAAACAUCCAGGCCGGUGGCCGUGAGACGGCACGUUUCCUGGCAUCUUGCUGCCUGGGGGCUCCCGCUGCCAUAUCGCCUGCACCUGAUGGGUGUGCAGAGGGCCAGGAGCGAGGCUGAGAGGAAGGAGCUGAGCCGUAGCGCCCUCCUCAGGCAGAACUUGGCUAAGACCCGAUUCUGUCCCGGGAACAAACGCCAUGGGUGCCUAAAGCGGCCCAGGCAGCGUGUGUACAACUACUGAGCAGUCCUACAGCACUGAGUUACUUCUGUCAUUUCACCUCACACACACUCACACACACACACAUUCUUGUCUUGCAUGCAUUGUGAGGACUGUCGUUGACUUCCAUUCAUUUUAGUGACUGAAUUAUGCCUGACCCUGACCUUAUCUACGACCUAAUCCACACCAUACCUCUAACGAGUACAGCUCUGUAACAGUGUACCAAAGUGAGUACCAGGCAGCACGUCAUCACUUUAUCUACCUUAUUCCUAGCCCUCCCAAGUUCUUUUGCGUGAAAAAAGCGCCUAUCUUCCGUUCCAGCGUUCGACAUGGUGACCAUCGAUGGAUGACACCAUCUGUUGGCACUAAUCCACUUUUACUGGUCGUUUUAGAGACGUACGUUAUGAGGGAGCACCAGUUGUCACAGCUCCAACAGAACAGUCCCUCUGCCUACUGCGGUAGAGGUGGAGGAUGAUGUGAAAAUGUGGCUAAAGCUAACAUACGGUAGCAUUUUAUCUACUUUCUUAAUUCAGUCACAGUGACAUAGAUCUGCCAGGAUUGUCUAAUCCUAGAGUUUCACCGUCUAUUUUCUAUCAGAAGCUGAUGCAGGAGGUAGGUGUAGGAGACUAUUUUCAUGUUCAGCCUGCAUGAAAAACUCAAAGUGACUGAUUAUAACCAGAAAUAAUCACUAAAACUUGGUUUUUCAGUGUCACACAUCUUUAAUGAUGUUUUCUUGUUAAAAGCACAAUUCAAUUAAUUUUAGAGUCUAAAAUCUGUGUAAAUAUUUCUGAGUUACUUUUAUUUCAAAGUCCAGCGGUCUCAUUUAUCAAACAUUGUGUAGAAUCCUUACUAAAACCGUACUUAAGCUCAGCAAAAGAAAUGUACUUAUGCCUAGUAGGUUUGUGACCUAGCAAACAUGGAGAACGCACAGCUGCACGCAAGCUCCGCUUCAUAAAUCAGAAACUAUCCAGACAUGUCCUGUGUGUGCACCAAGGGGUACAAGUGAUAAUGCUGCAGGAAUAAUGUUAUCCUUCUCAGCAGCAGCACGGCAGGUGCUCUCGAUGUCCAAAAUGUGCGUAAGCCAGGUCCUUAGUCAACUUAAAGUUGUGCACAUUUGACUGCUAAGUUUUCUUUUAUAAAUCCCAAAGUUUGCAUAAGCGAGCUUUAUAAAUGAGGCCCCUGGUCCUCAUGCUUUGAUGUACAGAGGAAGUGAAAUACAUCUUCCAAACAUCGCUCUUUUAGCCACAAAUGUAACGUUCUCUGGUUGCUAAUACAACACAGCGUGUUCCUGAGUUGCGAGGGUAUCUUCUUUUGGUACUUCUGGAAUCUCACUGGAUGUUGCUCGCAUCAUCAUUUCUACGUGAGCCGCCCCAGGAAUAAAGUGGACAGGUGAAUAAUUUAUCAUUGGUCUUCACUAUGAUGAUUAGACAAGUACACACACACACACACGCACACACACACACACUGCAUUUAAGCCACUGAACACAACAGACCUGGGUCAGCACUGGGAGGUGGCCGGAGUCAGCGCUACUUUCCGAUAAUCCAAUCACCUCGGGAGUGUGGGCGAGUUGUUGAACGUUUAUUCUUGGGUUGCUUUGGUGGUUACAGUUGAUGAUGAUGUUGCAAACAUUGAAGCUGGAUUAAAUCUGAACUCAGGGCCUUUGAGCAGUGGCUCGUUUCCAGCUUGUCUUCAUGCUAAAUAAAGAUAUGCAGUGUUCUUAAAUGUAAACGUGUGUUUUUCAUGUGAUUUUCUAUACAUGUAUUUGUAAAAAGCACAAAAACAUGAAUAAAAUGUGGAUGUUUUUCUA